GGCGCGGGUGGCGCGGCGGGAGCGCGGGCAGCGCUGACAGCUCGGUGGUCACCGCGGCGCCCGCGCGAGCCCGGGAGGCAAGGCGGCACCAGGGCUCCGCCGCCGCAUCUGACCCCGGUGCCGGGAUGGCUCGAGGCGAGCGACGGCGACGCGCCGUGCCGGGCGAGGGAGCGCGGACAAUGGAGAGGGCGGCUCGGGGCGGCCCCGGGCGACGCGAAGGCCGGGUCAGCGCGGCUCGUGGAGCGGCCGGGGGAGCGGCUCUGGCGGUCGUGGUGCUGUCGCUGGCCCUGGGCCUGUCGGGGCGCUGGGCGCUGGCGUGGUACCGUGCGCGGCGGGCGGUCACGCUGCACUCUGCGCCCCCUGCACUGCCCCCGGACUCCUCCAGCCCCGCGGUAGCCCCGGACCUCUUCUGGGGCACCUACCGCCCUCACGUCUACUUUGGCAUGAAGACUCGCAGCCCGAAGCCCCUCCUCACCGGACUGAUGUGGGCGCAGCAGGGGGCCACCCCAGGGACCCCUAAGCUCAGGCACACGUGUGAACAGGGGGACGGCGUGGGUCCCUAUGGCUGGGAGUUCCACGACGGCCUCUCCUUCGGGCGGCAACACAUCCAGGAUGGGGCCUUAAGGCUCACUACUGAGUUCGUCAAGAGGCCCGGGGGUCAGCACGGAGGGGACUGGAGCUGGAGAGUGACUGUAGAGUCUCAGGCCUCAAGUACCUCUGCACUCCCUUUAGUCUCCCUGUUCUUCUAUGUGGUGACAGACGGCCAGGAAGUCCUACGACCCGAGGCUGGAACCAAGGGGCAGUUGAAGUUCAUCAGUGGGCACACCAGUGAACUUGGCGACUUCCGCUUUACACUUUUGCCACCAACCAGCCCAGGGGACACUGCCCCCAAGUAUGGCAGCUAUAAUAUCUUGUGGUCCUCCAACCCGGGACUGUCCCUGCUGACAGAGAUGGUGAAGAGUCGCCUCAACAGCUGGUUUCAGCAUCGGCCUCCAGGGGCCUCUCCUGAUCGCUACCUUGGCUUGCCAGGAUCUUUGAAGUGGGAGGACAGAGGUCCAAGUGGGCAAGGGCAAUUCUUGAUCCAGCAGGUGACACUGAAGGUCCCCUUUUCUGUGGAGUUUGUAUUUGAAUCUGGCAGUGCCCAGGCAGGAGGAAACCAAGCCCUUGGGCAGCUGGCAGGCAGCCUGCUGACCCAGGCCCUGGAGAGCCAUGCUGCAGCCUUUCGGGAGCGCUUUGAAAAGACCUUCCGGCUGAAGGAGAAGGGCCUGAGCCCUGGGGAGCAGGCAUUGGGUCAGGUUGCCUUAAGUGACCUCCUAGGUGGGAUUGGCUACUUCUACGGUCAAGGCUUGGUAUUGCCAGAUAUGGGGGCAGAAGGGUCUGAGAAGGUUGAUCCUGCCCUCUUUCCACCUGUUCCUCUUUUCUCAGGGGUGCCUUCCAGAUCAUUCUUCCCACGAGGCUUCCUUUGGGAUGAGGGCUUCCACCAGCUAGUGGUCCAGCGGUGGGAACCUCGCCUCACUUGGGAGGCCCUAGGCCACUGGCUGGGGCUACUCAAUGCUGAUGGCUGGAUUGGGCGGGAACAAGUACUGGGGGAUGAGGCCCGAGCACGGGUGCCCCCAGAGUUUUUGGUGCAACGGGUGGCACAUGCUAACCCCCCAACAUUGCUCUUGCCUGUGGCCCAUAUGCUAGAAGGUGGUGACUCUGGCGACUUGGCCUUCCUCCGCAGGGCAUUUCCCCGCCUGCAUGCUUGGUUCUCAUGGCUCCAUCAGAGCCAGGCAGGGCCAGUGCCACUAUCUUAUCGCUGGCGGGGCCGGGACACAGCCUUGCCCACCCUACUGAACCCCAAGACUCUACCAUCAGGGCUGGAUGACUACCCUCGGGCCUCACAUCCUUCAGCAACUGAGCGGCACCUGGACCUUCGAUGCUGGGUGGCCCUGGGAGCCCGUGUAUUGUCACGGCUUGCAGAGCGUCUGGGGGAAGCUGAGGCAGCUGCUGAGCUGGGCCCCCUGGCUGCUUCACUGGAAGCAGAGGAGGGCCUGGAUGAGCUGCACUGGUCUCCAGAGCUAAGGGUCUUUGCAGACUUCGGGAACCACACAAAAGCAGUACAGCUGAAACCUAGGCCCCCUCAGGGGCUCGUUCGUGUGGUGGGCCGGCCCCCACCUCGCUUACAAUAUGUGGAUGCCUUGGGUUACGUCACUCUUUUCCCCCUGCUGCUACGGCUGCUGGACCCCAAAUCUCCCCACCUCGGACCCCUGUUGGAUGUUCUUGCUGAUAGCCGCCAUCUCUGGAGCCCCUUUGGUUUGCGCUCCCUUGCGGCCUCCAGCUCUUUCUAUGGCCAGCGCAAUUCUGAGCAUGACCCUCCCUACUGGCGAGGUGCUGUGUGGCUCAAUGUCAACUACCUGGCCUUGGGAGCACUCCACCACUAUGGGCAGCUAGAGGGUCCCCACCAGGCCCAGGCUGCCAAGCUGCACAAUGAGCUCCGUGCCAAUGUGGUAGGCAAUGUAUGGCGGCAGUACCAGGCUACAGGGUUUUUGUGGGAACAGUAUAGUGACCGGGAUGGGCGGGGCAUGGGCUGCCGCCCUUUCCAUGGCUGGACCAGCCUUGUCUUACUGGUCAUGGCUGAAGACUACUGAGAGGGAUGAGGAGGAGCAAGCCAGGCCAUUCAUGCCAUUGAAUCAGGAGGGACAGAGUCUGGCUUCUGACCCCAGCUCUUCAGAUACCCAUAAUUCAGACCUUCCUCAGCUCAUCUCAGGUGUCUCCUUACUAUCAUCCCACAUAGCCCUGGGGUGAAUGUGAAAUCAAUAUUUUUUUAAAUAAACUGGGGAAAAAAACAUAACU